CCAUGGCACACAAGUCGCGCAGCCGCGGAGUGGAUCAGAAAGAUGGCGGCCCAGGAGAGCCGGUUGGUGUCGCUGCCUCUGUCCCGGAUCCGACUGAUUAUGAAGAGCUCGCCCGAUGUGUCCAACAUUAAUCAGGACGCGCUGAUGGUCACGGCUAAGGCCACGGAGCUUUUUGUUCAGUUUCUCGCCUCUCACUCCUAUAAACACGGCACCGGCAAACUCACCAACACCCUCACCUACACCGACUUGUCCAGCGCCGCCGAGGAGUCCGACACCUUCCAGUUCCUCUCUGACAUUUUGCCCAAGAAAAUUCUGGCCAGUGAGUACCUGGAAAUGUUGAAAGCAGAGCAGGAAAGGGACACUGAUGAGGAAGACUCUGAGGAGGAGGAGGAGGAAGAAGAUGAUGAUGAAGAGGAGGAGGAAGAUGAUGAUGAAGAAGAAGAGGCGGGGGAGGAGCAGGAGGAUGAUUAGGGAUAUGUAGCUGGACUGUGUAUUUUUCUAUUCUGUCAUUGUUUGACGACUAAAAGUUAUUUUUGUAUUUUUAUAGAGACAAGUUGCCCUUUGCUCCUCCCUGGGGGAGAAUGUUCCAUAAUAAAACAUUUUCCAACAGAGAA